AGUCGUGUUGUUAUCAGCCUCCUUUCCUUUAUAAGGCGUCUCCUCUCACCCUUCCUUCCCACUCCUAUCCAAUCCAUUUGGAUCGAUCGAUCGAUCGAUCGAUCGAUUCCGAAUCCCCUAGAGCUUUCCAUAAUCCCCUUGUUAGAGGAUUUGUCAGGCGAUUUGGACGGAGGCCUCUGAGGGAUUCGUGUCGGAAGGUGGUCGUUUGUGGUUUGGGAUGGCGAUCUCGAAUGCGGAAGGGGAGUCGGCAGCUAAGGAGGGCGGAGGGGGGAGGAAGCGGAAGCGCCGGGAGGAGCCGUCGCUGGCCAAGUGGAGGACGCAGGGGGAGCAGAGGACCUACUCCACCAAGCUCAUAGAGGCCCUCCGCCGCGUCCGCCGUUCGCCUCCGGCGGGGGCGACCGCAACCACGCACCACGCGCGGAGCCGUGCCGUCAGGGAGGCGGCGGACCGGGCUCUUGCGGUUGCGGCGCGCGGCCGGACGCGGUGGAGUCGCGCGAUCCUCUCCGGGCGGACGCUCAAGCGCAGGAUCCGGCCGAGUUGCUUCCGGCCGAAGCCCGUCGGCUCCUCGGCCGCCGCCCGGGCGGCGGCCGAGAGGGGCAAGCCGGUGACCCUGGAGAAGAAGGCGAGGGUCCUGGGCCGGCUGGUCCCCGGCUGCCGGAAGCUGUCGCUGCCGACGUUGCUGGAGGAGGUGUCGGACUACAUCGCGGCGCUCGAGAUGCAAGUGCGGACCAUGAGUGCCAUCGCCGACGUUCUCUCCGCCGCGUCAUCGGCGCCAGCAGCGGAGCCGAUGUGAGGCCAAGGCGACGGUUGGAGGUCCUCAUCUUCUACUCUUCCUAUUCUUGUUGGUUUUUUUUAUCCCUCUUAAUCUCCUUAGAAUUCAUGAUGUAAUUUGUUGUACAUUUUUAUUAGUAUCAUCUACUUUUGUUUGUUAUC